UACUCCCGGUGUAGUGCAUCACAGGCCACCUCUUCAAGCUUCAGCAUGGUGCUCGAGCUGGACCAGUACUCGGACGGCAAGGCGGCUCGCCUCUGGGGCCUCUACAUCGGCGACCAGACCGAGCGCACCAAGCAUUACAAGGACUUCCUGAAGCGAGAGCUGACCACCCACGACUGUCACAGCGUGCUGGACGUGGCCUGCGGCACCGGCGUGGACUCGGUGAUGCUGAUCGAAGAGGGCUACCAGAUGACAUCGUGCGACUUCUCGGACAAGAUGCUGAAGACCGCCUGGCAGACGCGCUGGAACCGCCGCAAGGAGGCCGCCUUCGACAGCUGGGAGAUCUUCGAGGCCAACUGGCUGACCCUGCCGCGUGACCUGGACACGGGACGGCAGUACGACGCCGUCAUCUGCCUCGGAAACUCGUUCGCACAUCUGCCGGACCUCACGGGCAACCAGGACAGUCACCGGAUCGCUCUGCGGAACUUUGCCAGCCUUGUGAAGCCCGGUGGAAUUCUUCUGAUCGACCACAGGAACUACGACUUUAUUUUGGACAACGGACGUGCGCCUUCGCGGAACAUCUACUACAACAGCAAGUUCGUCUCGGAUAUCAAGACGUCCGUGAUCUAUCAGAACGGCACUCCCACCAAGAUCGUGCUGGACUACGUCAUGGGAAACCCAGACGAGACGACCACUGACGUACUGGACAACAAGGCGCGCAAGACUUCAAUAUCGGAUGACCCGCGCGACAAUGAGUUCACGCUGAGCUACUACCCGCACCGUAUGGCCGACUUCCGCGGCCUGCUCGACGAGGCGUUCCAAGGGCAGGCAAGUAUAGAGACCCUGGGCGAUUUCAAGCCUCUGGGCGAGAUCAACGACCCGGCCUUCUUCAUCCACGUGGUGCGCAAGGUGUGUGAAGACGAUCACACCUGGCACCAGAGCGCCUCGAGCUCAGGCGAGGAGUCCGUCUGAGAGCCGCCGUGGCCUCCGGCAACAGAUGACCUGGCCGAGAUGGCGUCUCGGAUCGGACGCCAGCCCUCACGCCGGCCCAGACACCUUGACCUUAACUCCGCGCCACACGGCACGAGUUAAGGUCCUGCCCGCGGGCAGCGGGUGUCACGGCCUCCUGGGAAACCUUGGUCUUAACCCCGCCGGCCCCGCCGCGCGCCGGUUAAGGCCCUGUCGCCAGCGACACGGGUCUCCCAUCCAUCGCGACGCGCCGAGCCGGCGCCGUUGCACGCCUUCACGGGCCACCUGCGCGCUCCUCGUCACCGCGACUGAGCUGGGCAGCAGGCAGAUGCACCUUGACUUCCACCCCUCGCCGCUGCGCGCCGGCCGCCGCGCGGUCGGCCGCGCGCGACCGGGUUCAAGUCCCCUCGGGUGCAACAUGGUCACCAUCGGCCACGCCUUGAUUUCACCCCCGGCCGCCCGGCGCGGCCCCCACGCCGGCGGAUGGGAUGAAGUCCUUUCGGGCGGGCCAUUCGCAUACAGUAGAACUAGACAUCCGAAGUUAACAGAGUCGCUACGAGGAAGGACUCUGCUCUUCGUUCACGGCAUUUGCUCCUUUGUGUGCAUGUGUCGUACGGAUGUGUACGCUUUUCAAUGUUUUGUUUUUGUGUGUAUCAUUGCGAACGUUACAAAUUUGCUUGUGAAUGUGAAGCAAGAUUAUCGAAAAAUACAUCAUUCAUCUUA